AUGGCUUACUCGACCAAGAAACCUGAUGUACGAGUCAAGAAGCCAUGCUUCUCCUGCCGGCGGAAGAAGAUCAAAUGCGACGGAGAACAGCCAUACUUCAUGUGCGAGUCUCGCAACCAUCUUUGCGAGUACCCCGAGUCUAACGAUCAUGCCGCGACGAGUCGACGGUGA